CCGGAAGUUAUUGUUUUGUUUAGUUUCUAACCGCAAUUAUAGCUGUUUAUUGAUAUAUUUCGUAAGCUUUGGCGAUGUCUAGUGUGCGAACACUUAAGACGUUACUUGAGGAGGCUGACAAAGCAAGCAGAAGUUCAGUGGCCAGCAAAGCGGAAGACAUGUACACAACAAUGAUCGACACGGCACUGAAGCUAAAAUUGUCCGAGUCUUCGAUCACCGACGCUGAACGCAAUGAAAUAUCAUGUGACUUAGCACUGGCUUAUAACAAUAGAGGACAGCUACGCUAUCUUAGAGUAGAGUUUGUAAUGGCGGUAGAUGACUAUAGCAAUGCAUUAAAACACAAUCCACAGUUUGCAGUAGCCUACUACAACAGAGGACAAGUGCAUUACAGACUCAGUCGUUUUGACGAAGCUAUAAAAGACAUGAAUCAAGCACUAAAACUAAAUCCACAUUUUGAGGAGGCCAAGCUUGCUUUGGAUGCUGCUCUCAAAGAUAAAGAAAUGAAAGAAGUGCUGAGAUAAACGAUGACUCAAUACUCUACCCCACCUUUCAAUGUAGUGAUAAUGAUCAUGAAAGAAGACUAAGGUGUAAUAACAAUGGAUUUGUUGCCAUUUGUGUUGCCAUGGAAUCAGUACAAUAAUCUUUGAUCAUCAACAUUAUAAAAAUGAUGUAAUCCUGAAUUUCAAGGAGAAAUUGGAAC